AUGACCGACUACCUCCCUGCAGACCUACUAGCCGUUCCUGCAUACGCUGAGGUGGGCUUUAUCGUAGCAAUGGCAGCCAGCUUGGGCGCACACUCGUUCAAGAGUACGGCGGACGCACAACAGUCUCCGUACCCCGUCAUCGUUGGCAAUGACUUCCAGUUCGACUUCCGCCACCAUCCGACACUUGGUACCAUUGGCGCCUUCUCGCGCUACGGAAAGCACCCAGCUGCACACAUCGUCGGCUCGUCGCUGAGGCAGCAGCUCAUGUGGGCUAUCGACAAUGCCCGCGGCAAUAUCAGCUUCACGCGAUUUCAUUGCAGACAGAACUGA